GUCAAAACAAGAGAAGAAGAAAAAUACUACAGGAGAAGAAGAACGCUGCUUCUUCCUGCUCUUCAUUUAAACCGUUCUUCACAUCUUGGCUCGUCGUGAAAUCUGGCUGAAGACGACUGUCCAGCUUCAGGACGUAGAGGUUGAGUUUGGCAGUGAUGCAAGACGAUCCAUCCUGACCAGUUCGUUUGAUUAAAUGGAUGCCCAGCAUGGGUGGCAUAUUAUUAUGGACUGGAACCUACUAACACCUGAAAUCAGUCCCAAACAGCAUCAUGUCUGUUAAUAUUUGGGUGGUUGCUGGUGAUCAGUUCCUCAUUCUACCAGAAAGCAACUCCAUUCAUGACCAUAACUUACCAAAUGAUCUAGAGAUGAAAGAGGAACCAGAUCCACAGCAGAUUACAGAGAUUAAGGAGGAACCAGAAUGUCAACGGAUCAAAGAAGAACAAGUUGAGCUCAACGUCUCUCAUGAAGAGAAAUCUGUAGUGAAGCAGGAAGCUGACACCUUCAUGGUGGCUGCUGGUUGUGAUGAAAUAUUUCAAAAUAAAAAUGAACAGAUGAUGGAGACAAAGGAGGAACCAGAACCUCCAGAGAUUAAAGAGGAACAAGAACCUGUUCAGAUUAAACAAGAGGAGGAGGAACUCUACAGUCAUCAGAAUGAAGGUCAACUUUUAGUGAAGCAGGAUUCCUCCAGUGAAACUCCCAUUUAUGAGGAAAAAUAUCGCAGUGAAUCAGACCCAAACCAGGACCAGAUCCACCCUUCAAACUCCUGUAGAGCUGAAAACCAACCAAAGGACAGAUGCAAUGAUGGACUAGAUGGAGAUGAAGAGCUGACAGUCAAUCAGAGCAACAUUGUUGACCGUUCAAAAAUGAAAAAGCUCCAGAAAAACAUGUGUUCUUGUAAAAUAUGUGGAAAACGUUUCAUCAGAAAAACUGCCUUGAAAAUUCACAUGAGAAACCACACUAAUGAGAAGCCGCAUACCUGUAAAGUGUGCAGUAAGCCGUUCAGCUAUAGCAGUGGUUUGGUUCGGCACAUGAGAACCCAUACAGGUGAGAGACCGUUCUCAUGCAAGACCUGUGGAAAAAGUUACAUCAACAGAUGUAGCUUAAGCGCACACAUCAAAGCUCACCUUGGAGUGAAGCCAUUCCCAUGUGGAUUGUGUGAUAAAUCUUUCACCAAGAGGCAAAAUCUGGUUUAUCACAUCAGACUCCACACAGGGGAGAAACCAUUCCCGUGUUCAACCUGCGGAAAAAGCUACGUAAGCAGAAAAAGUUUAAAAAAACACAUCGAAACACACAUCACAGUUCAUACAGACGAGAAGCUGUUCUCGUGUGGAUCGUGCAAUAAGACCUUCAGAAACAAACGAGGUCUGGAUCGUCACAGCAAACUCCACACAGGCAAGAGGCCGUUCUCAUGUUCCACCUGUGGAAAAAGCUACGCCAGUAGAGAUGGCUUAAGAGCGCACUUCAAGGUUCACCUCCCUGAAAAGCCGUAUCCGUGUGACCUGUGUGAUAAAGCUUUCACGGUCAAGAUCAACUUCGACCGCCACAGGAGGACUCACACAGGCGAGAAGCCAUUUUCAUGUGAAGUUUGUGGUAAUUUUUUUAUUGAUAAGUUGGCUGUGGUUAAACACAUGAGAAGUCACACAGGCGAGAAGCCGUUUCAGUGUGAUCUGUGUCCCAGAUCUUUUCAUACCAAAUUUCAUUUAGGCUGCCAUAGAAGGACCCACACCGGCGAGAAACCCUAUGCGUGUGACCUGUGCGGUAAAUUAUUCAUAAGCAGAGCUAACGUGGCCCAACACAUGAGGACCCACAAAGGCAACAAGCAGUUUACAUGCAAAAAGUGUGGAGAAUCUUUUGGUGACAGGAGCAGUAUAGCCAAACACCUGAGGAGUCACACAGACGAGAAGCAGUUUGCCUGCAAUGUUUGUGAUGCGUCUUUUACCUCCAGGAUUCAGCUGGACAAUCACCUGAGGAGCCACACAGGUGAGCAGGGCUUCUCAUGCGUCACCUGUGGAGAGAAGUUCUCCAAACCGUACAGUCUGACGAUGCACAUCCGGACUCAUACAGGAGAAAAGUCAUAUUCCUGUGAACUGUGCGGUAAAUUAUUCACUGCCAGAUAUAAACUGACUGCACAUAUAUGUGAAAAUAAACCUUAGAAAAGAUGUUAAAGUUUGUAAAACAUCAUUUAUUUGACCCACAGUGGGAAUGUGACCCGUUGCUGCUCUACUUGACCUACUUUUUUCUGUUUGUUUUGUUUUACCUGUAAACCGUUUUAUACCAAAGCAAACAGGGCAAUUCAGUUUUUUGUUUCCAAAAAAAAUAUCCAAAUCCAUCCAUCUAUAGAUCCUGGCCAUGAAUUUUGGCCCAUUCAGCUCAAAGCAACGAAGACGAGCUGGACUUUAGUGCUCAAAGUCUAUAAAUCUAUGGAGUCCCUGAAGGCUCAAUUUUGAGACCACUGUGGUUUGCAUUGUUCAUGCUGCCAGUUUGUUUCACAGUAUAAAUGUUCCUUUCGCUGCUUUGCUAAUGUUUUGCAGAUUUAUUUGCCUUUAAAGGCAGAGAUGGACUCAUUUCAGCUGUUGUCACAUUGCCUUAAACGUGGAGGUUCUUAAAUAUUUUGAAAUUAAAUGAAAUCUAAACAGAAAUGUUUAUUUCUUAUUGAAGAUUUUUACAGUGCUUCAGGCUGUUUGUCAAACUAUUGUAAGAAAGUUUUAAUUAUCUUGUUUUACUGCUGAAUGGCCCAGAAGACUGAUGAAAAUGAGAUUUUUAAUCAUACUGAGUUUUUCACCUCCUGUCUAAAACUCCUAAACAUUGAAAGAAAUACCUGCACAUACAUGAAGUUUUUUAUGUAUUCUGCUUUGUAUUAAUUCAAUUAAAGGAGGAAAUAAAUUUCUCUGUAUCUUAUGUGAAA